AUGACGAUCACUGCAGAGGAACUUUUUGAUGAACUUGGCCAGAAGUAUGAGGAUAUCUACGUCGAUAAUCCUGGCCUCGAAGACAUAGUCCAACUUGCCUUAGCAGAGCUCAAGCCGAACAGUCAAGUUCUUGAUGUUGGUUGUGGCACUGGAAAGCCGGUAGCAAACCUCAUUGCCAGCGCUGGUCACGAUGUCCAUGGCAUCGAUGUCUCACAGCAAAUGAUCAACAUCGCCAAAAAGCAGAUCCCCGGUCGAUUUGAGAAAAAAGACAUGUUGACUUUUGAGCCGGAGACCAAGUUCUCUGCCAUCUUUGCUAUUUUCUCCUUGUUCCAACUCUCGCAUAGCGAAACCUAUGCCAUGAUGUUCAAGUUUUCCGACUGGCUGAGAACAGGUGGUCUUCUUGUUCUGGGAACUAUACCCAGCACAAGCCUCGUUAAAGACCAGAGUCUUUAUGAUCCUACAGGGCAGGUCGUUCGACAUGCGGAGAUUCUGUUCAUGGAACGGAAGUACUUUGGAACUUUGUACUCCCAGAAGGGAUGGCAGAAUCUGUUCCAAAAAGCUGGCUUUGAGAUACAAGUCGAGAAGUUCUACUCCUUUACUGAUCACCAGCCGUAUAAGAAUGAGAUUCAGGAACACUACCUUAUCAUCGCAAAGAAAACUGUGGAUCAUGCACUUAUGGGGCCUUACCCUCUUCCGACCUCGUAUCGCGGGCCACAUCCGCUCAGUGAAGGUGCCUGGGCUCCUUUUGCGAACAGACUAGUUCGAGAUGAAUUCGAUGCCGUACUGGACCUGUUGAAAGAUAAUCAGAAUAUUCUCGAUGUUGGCAGCGGCUACGGAAAGCUUCCUAUCGCCAUCGCUGAACGAGGAGGCAACGCCUUUUCAGUUGAACCAAAUGCUGAACGAAACUCUCUCCAAGUGAAAAAUGCACACGGCGUUGAAAUUCGUGCUGGAUCAGCUGAGAACAUUCCAUUCCCAGAUGCAAAAUUCGAUGCCGUCGUCGCCAUGUGGGUACUGCAUUAUGUGGAUGAUUUGGAAAAGUCACUUCGAGAGAUGGUACGAGUCGCGGAUCGUUCCAACCCCAAUGCUCGAAUCAUCAUCGUACAGGGAGCACCGGAUAAUCAGCUCGUGAACCUGUUGAAUGACGUUUGUGGUCCCCUCAGUGCUGAAAACACUCGCGUUGAUCACCAGGGGUAUCUUCUACAUGUUGCCGCCAAGGUCUUUGCUGAACAUGGGUUUGGCAAAAUCGAAACUUCCCGUGUUAAUGCUUUCUGCGCCUUUCCUGAGGAAGAUCUGGCGGAGAGAUGCCAAAAGGCAGCCGAGGUACUUGCCGGCUUCUGGUUCAAGGAAGACCCGAAUUAUGAGCAAAUGGAGAAAGCGCUGAUUCCCCAUCUUGAGCUACAUUUCAGAGACCGUGAACACGCUGUUGGAGAUGAGGUUGCGAUUCUAGUGGCAAAGCCCCUUCCAAACUGA